AUGAGCUCCGCAAAGGCCAAACCACGGAAACGAAAGCCAGCCGCUACGAAAGCGCCAGCAGCAACCAAGAAGCCUCGAAAGCCGCGAGGCAUGAUCGAACUGCCUGUAGGAAUUAUCUUGACAGACCUGACCAAGAAAACAUGGAGGAUUGGAAGGUUGAUCGGCUGGGGUGGAUUCGGAGCUCUGUAUCUAGGUAUUGAAAUUUCCUUCUACCGCUAUAACAAAGCCAUAAUUACCCUAAGAUUUACCUAACAGGAUGCGGCAAAACUUUGUGUCCACCACAUUUUCACUAGAAAUGUGAGAAGUUGUUGGUAUGCUUUGUUGAUUGACGUAUAAAAUCCUUCUUAGGCAUGUUGUGGUGGGGGGGCAUUUUACGUUGUUAUUUGCACUUGGCUUCAUUACUGUCACAGUUUCAAACCAUCCUUCUGUCAUUUUGAACCAUCAUUUUAUAUCUGGCAAAAUGUACAUGAAAGUUACAUGAAGCAAUGCCAGCCAGCAGUUGUCCCCCAAGGGUUAGUAUGUGGGGUGGCUGGGGAUUCCGUGUUUGUUUCUCACCCUGGGCUGUUUUUACUGAUUUUUACCCCCACCCUGCCCAUCCCUAUUGGCAUGGUAAAGUACUGUGUGCAGCAAUUAUUUUAGUUUCCACUGAUUUUCCGUGUGACGGUGCCUGGUGCUUGCUGCUCACAGGGUUGUCAUGGAUACCCUAUGCAUUCAGCUCUGUUUGUCUUAUGGGUUCACCUUAUUCAGGCACUAUUCCCCACCCUCAUUCGUUGUUGAUGAGUUUAACCAUCUUAUGCGAGUUACUGUUUCAAGACCUAAUGACUUGCGGAAUUUUAUCCUAACAGGGCCUCAGUUGUCUACCAAAUUUAUGUGAUUGUGCAGGUUUGAUCUAACUGUGUGGCCCCAUACCAGCGCACCCUGUCAGAUAAGCACCCUUCAAAAUGUUGAUUUUCUUCUGUCUAUGAUGAUGAUGAUUUUUUCUUUUCAACAGCUUCUCCAGAUAAUGGAUCAGCUGUUGGUGAAAAUGCAGAACAUGUGAUUAAAGUGGUAAGAUCAUAAAAUAAAGAAUUUGCGGCUUCCCAAGAUUUUAAAUUUAUUCAAAAGAUAUUUCAGUAACAAGAAGUGGACAAAAGCUUACUUUAAAGCCUAUAUAUGUAGUAUUCAUACUCAUAUUUUGGUGGCUGGUUGGAAUUGUACAACCUGCAUUCUUGCAUCACUUUGCAAGGGCAUUCAAGGAUGUAAAAAGUUUGUUUUUUUAUGGAGGAUUACGCCUGUUCGCCGAGAGAUGUGAACGUGAAGCGCUCUUUGGUAUUUCCAUGCACUUCCAAUCAGUCUAUACUCUAGCCUCAAGCACACUCUAUAAACUAUGAUUACUAUUCGCAAUACAACCACCACUGGCUGGUAAAAUCUGGUCAUAAAUACAGGGCAGCAUCCUGGGGUCAACUUAAUAAAACUUUUACAAGUGAAUUUUGCAAGUGUAGCCAUUGUUUUGGCUCGGUAAACAAUAGCUACCCUUGUAUAUUAUACUUGCAGAAGUUUUAUUAAAUUGAUCCCUGUGUUACCAAGCCUUUUCUAAACUGCAUAAUGACAAAAUGAUAAAACAAUAGCCUGCUGGACAUCACACAUUAUUAAGCAAUAACAAUGGGCUGUUAAGAACUUACCCUCUUGCAUUUUGUUAUCAGACAAAUUAAAUAGACAACAGAAGAAGCAAACAAAAUAAAUAAAUCGAAAAAAGUGUCAAAUAUUUAAUUCCUUUUUAUUUACAGGAACCCCACACCAAUGGCCCAUUAUUCACAGAGCUUGCAUUUUAUCAGCGUGUGGCCAAGCCUGAACUAAGUAUGACCAAAAUCACAUUUACUAAAUUAACUAACAAUGCUUGUCUUUGUGCAUGAAUUUAGUUAGCAUGAUGUAACUUUUUAAACCAUUAAGGUGACUCGACCCAGUUUUUUUGGGGGGGUACCAUCCUACUUUGAAGCUCUCUGGUAUCCCCACCUUUACUUUUAUCGUAAGUCUAACACAUAGAAUGGAUAACAUAUAGAUCAAUCUACAAUAUAACAUAAAAUUUUUGGCGAUCGGAGUAAAUGUCACGUGGUUAUAAUGCCACGCCCCUUUGAGGUCUGAGUCGAAAAUCUGCUGUUGCCGGCAUUUUUUCGUGAAAAUCUCUCGGCUACACAUAGUGCGCAUUAGUGCCUUGCGCUGAACAGAGUUUCACCAAAAUCGCAAAGACCCAAUUCGAGAAAUUCAGCGGUUUCCAAAUUUAGGUCAUAAUUUAUGCGAAAAUGAUAAGCAAACUUUACACGGAUUAUAUCUAAUAAACUAUGAGAUUCAUCUCUUUAUUUUGGGCAUCGUUAUAACAGAUGGGUCCUUGCAAGUCAGCAAAACGCUUUAGGGCCUUGUAAAUGCGCGCGAUUUCGAGCAAAGCAAACAUAUAGAAAUUAUAGUUUUCGCUAUUUGUUGACGUUUGUCAGCGUUUAAGAGUCCUUCUCACGAAAAAAGCAUUUUCUUAAAAAUUCGUAGUUUUUUUUCCUUCAAAUUUUUUCAGGGCCACAAUUGAUUAACUAACUACCCGGACUCUGAAUUUCAUGGUCAUUGAAAAACUGUGACAUUAUCUUCUAUAAGCCCAAACUUGAGUAAACAUUGAAGAUUUUUAGCGUUUUGGCUGAGUUUGUGCUUUGGGAGUUGUCUAUUGUUUCUAGUCUGUCAUUAUACAGCAUUCUUGUUCAGCACGCGUGCAAUGACCGCGCUUGGCUGACUUCCGAAUGCUCACCGAGAUAUAAUAAUUUUGGUACAGUGAGACAGGCCAUCGCGUGAUACAUAGAGGUUUAAGUCACAAUUUUUAAUCAAUUCUCGUGCUUCUUGUGCCUUUGCAAAAAAAUCAAGAAGUGCUACACACUAAAUCUACUUACUAUUAAAAAAAUAUCAUUUUUUCAUAGGUUUAAUGCAAGCCAAUAAUUAAACCAACUCGUGACGGGAAUAUCUCGGUGAGCAUUCGGAAGUCAGCCAAGCGUGGUCAUUGCACGCGUGCUGAACAAGAAUGCUGUAUAAUGACAGACUAGAAACAAUAGACAACUCCCAAAGCACAAACUCAGCCAAAACGCUAAAAAUCUUCAAUGUUUACUCAAGUUUGGGCUUAUAGAAGAUAAUGUCACAGUUUUUCAAUGACCAUGAAAUUCAGAGUCCGGGUAGUUAGUUAAUCAAUUGUGGCCCUGAAAAAAUUUGAAGGAAAAAAAACUACGAAUUUUUAAGAAAAUGCUUUUUUCGUGAGAAGGACUCUUAAACGCUGACAAACGUCAACAAAUAGCGAAAACUAUAAUUUCUAUAUGUUUGCUUUGCUCGAAAUCGCGCGCAUUUACAAGGCCCUAAAGCGUUUUGCUGACUUGCAAGGACCCAUCUGUUAUAACGAUGCCCAAAAUAAAGAGAUGAAUCUCAUAGUUUAUUAGAUAUAAUCCGUGUAAAGUUUGCUUAUCAUUUUCGCAUAAAUUAUGACCUAAAUUUGGAAACCGCUGAAUUUCUCGAAUUGGGUCUUUGCGAUUUUGGUGAAACUCUGUUCAGCGCAAGGCACUAAUGCGCACUAUGUGUAGCCGAGAGAUUUUCACGAAAAAAUGCCGGCAACAGCAGAUUUUCGACUCAGACCUCAAAGGGGCGUGGCAUUAUAACCACGUGACAUUUACUCCGAUCGCCAAAAAUUUUAUGUUAUAUUGUAGAUUGAUCUAUAUGUUAUCCAUUCUAUGUGUUAGACUUACGAUAAAAGUAAAGGUGGGGAUACCAGAGAGCUUCAAAGUAGGAUGGUACCCCCCAAAAAAAACUGGGUCGAGUCACCUUAAGGAUAGUUUAAGACCCCUAGAUAUCUGUGUUACACCGUGAGCCCUUUCAGUGUCAGGGCAAUCCGUGCACAUAAAUAUGUUUAGCAAACUGUUUUAAUAAAUACAUUUAAAUGUUUUGUUUUACUAGUAAACAGCUGGUGCAAGUCUCGUCGACUGAAGCAUCUUGGCGUGCCCAUGUUUCUUGGUUCAGGGUCUUUUGAUCAUAACUCCACCAAACUGCGAUUUUUAGUGAUGGAGCGGUAUGGGAAAGAUGUUGAGGAGCUUUUUCUUAGUAGUGGCCGUAGAUUUGACGUCUCAACUGUACUUAUGCUUGGUCUGAGAGUUGUAAGUAUUUAAUGUGUCUUCAAUUUUUGAUUCCACAAAAACAAUGGCAUUAACAGGUGAUUGUUAACAUAAAAAUCCUUUCAAUUUGUAUUUGGGGGUUUGUGAAAAGGAGGUCUACACUGUAAGUGACUUCUGAUAAACUACCUAUUAUAUUUCUACCAAAAACGUGAUUGUGAAAGAAACACCAAGACUCAGUCAGGGCUGUGUGCCUUUGCAUGUAUUUUCUACCUGAGUUAUUUCCAUUUAUUCUCAUCCCAGAAUGUUGUAUUUAGUUAAGUGUGCUUUAGUUUGUUUUUUGACAAAGCUACUUGCGAGACUGUUGACCUGACAUCAGUGUUGUAUUCUUGCAUGAAGGCAGGAUGGAUAUCUUUGUUUGGUUAUUUGCUAUUUAACCUUAUUGAAAAAUUGUUUCUUUAAUAAUUAUCCAUCAGCUUGAUGCUCUGGAAUAUAUUCAUGCACAUGAAUACACCCAUGGUGACAUAAAAGGUUCUAAUCUAAUGAUGGGAUUCGCCAAAUCAAGAACUGGCCAAGUAAGUCCUUCUUCUUUUAAUACUGAUAUACAUCCUUACCAAAGUCCAAUAUCUGCUGACUUGCAUCACUUGAUGAUAUCACAGGCUUAAGUGCAUUACCCAGAUGCAUUUUUUUUCAAAACUUACUCACUGACCAAUGCUCAAGUUUUAAUUAUCUGUGUUAGAGGUAUUUAGCAAGAUUUUUUUUUAUUUCUGCUUUAGAAUGAGUAAAUGGGUGAUAAACAUAAGGAGAAAUGUUGAUAUUUAACAGGAGCUUGGUUAAACCUGUAUAUUAUUGUUACUGUUGUUUGCAGGUUUACCUGCUGGAUUAUGGCCUUGUGUAUCGUUUUAAUCCUGAAGGAAAACACAAAGAAUACAAAGAGGAUCCUAAAAGAAAACAUGAUGGCACAAUAGAGUUCACAAGCAGAGAUGCACACAAUGGCGUAGGUAAGAUGUGUUGAAAGUGGUCAGUCUCAACCAUCAUCAUUCAAUCAUACAUCCCCAGGUGCCUGAAUUUUUUAAAAUGUGUUGCCGCAGGGGGCGCACACAAUCUCUGUGCGUAACCGAUUGUUUAUAUUUUACAGUAAACGUACUAGAUCUACCGUUUGCUUCACCUCCAGCGAUAUUAUCACUAAGUAUCUGUAUAAAUCACUGUCAAAUAAGCCUGUUUUGAUUUUUGUAGUUACCUCUAGGCGUGGUGACUUGGAGAUCUUGGGUUAUGUUAUGCUGCAGUGGUUGUGUGACAGACUUCCAUGGGAAAAAAAUCUUAAUGACAAGGAAUAUGUUAGGAAUGAAAAAACAAGGUAAACAAAUUAUGCCUUACCCAUCAAUCAUCAAAACUACUACAUUCUUUGGCUUUUUAUGACACAUGCUAAAUAAUUUUUAAGUAGUUCACUGGAAGGUUUUCUUAUCAUUGAAAGAAAUUUCUUUGUUGCUUCAAUAUUAAACCCAGGUAUUUAAAGUAAAGAAACAAUUUUGAGAUUGUAUUUUUAACAUUGUUUAUUUUCUAAGAGAACUUCAUAACUUUUAAGGUAUAUGAAUGACAUACCAAAGCUAAUGAAAGACUGUUUUCAUGGAAAUCACCCUGGUAAGUGUUUUUUCUGAAGAAAUUCUGUUAACGAGGGUCAGGAGCAAUCUCAAAUUGAUAGACAGUCAUCGAGGUUCUGGACCCUCUUGACAGAUUUAUUUUAUAAAUUGGUUCAAAGGUAAACUGAUAUGCCAAGCACAAUGUAUCAUUUACAAACAAAACUUAGACGAAACACGAAAAUUAAGGUUGUUGCUUAAAGAUUAUAAAGUUGUUAUGGUAACUUGAAAAGUCUAAAAGGAAACUGUAUAAAGGUAUUAUUAAAACGGGUAACUAAGCUUGGCUUGCUAACAGGUAUCAUGCAGAAGAAUCCAUUAGCUGAACUCCCAUCAGCCAUUUUAUUGAAACUUUAGAAAAAUCUUAGUUAACAAUUUAUGCACAGACUUGAGGAAGUGACUUGAGCCAAACUGAAAUAUGUUUGGGGGCAUUCAACACGUCUAGUAACGUGUUUCAACCCCUUUGAGUUUCUGGUCAAAUGGAAAACUAUUGAAGAAGGGUUUUGUUAAUUCAGAAGAACUGAAAAUGGAGAAAGAUAUUUUGAGCCAUGUUAGACUGGAAAAUAUUUUAAAUAAAUUAUUAUUAUUAUUAUUCAUUCAAAAUAUUUCCUUGAUUCUGAUUGGCUAAAAGCACACGCAUAAUUCACCAUAACCAAUUUUUGAUGACCAAAUUUGGAAGAAUUUUGUGUUUAACAAGGAAAUGAAGUCAAAAAUGCAGCGUUCGUGCAGGUUAAGGCACCGUUAACCGAGAAGACCUGGGGACGAGGUUGAGUUGUUUUGGUUGUGAACUUGAAAAAUGGUGGACAUUUCACUUGUUUUAAGAGUAAGAACUAGGCAAAAAAAUAACUAAAAAACAUGGCAAGAACAGCAAGAAGACAACUCGAAGGGUGACAUCUGCUAUUUGGAGAAUAUUUGCGGAGCUGGACAAACCUAAACGUGCACUAUCGAAGAUGAACUUAACAUUGAUGGAUCAAUGGAGGUAAGCAUGUUUUAGCCCUGUUUUUAAACUAGGAAUUAUUUUGACUGAAUAAUAAAACAAUAAUAUUAUUGAAUUCGGCUUUCGUAUCAUAUGAAGAAUUAUGGAGAUCUUGGCGGGUGUUAUCCACCUCGGCCUACAGCCUGGACGGAUAACACCCUCCUCGAUCUCCAUAAUUCUUCAUAAGAUACUCAGCCUCAUUCAUUUAUUGUUAAUUAUAUAUUUAUAAUAAUAUAAUCUAUAAUUUAUAAAUUUAUAGAUUAUAUCCCUCUUCAUUGCAGUGGAGAUCCAGAGAUAUCUUGAGUAUGUCAACACAUUGAAGUACGAGGAAGAACCAGAUUAUGAACACAUACGCAAACUGUUCAGAGAUGGUCUCAAAAGGAGAGGAUGUACUGAUGAUGGAAAAAAUGUCAAAUUAACUUCAGGGAAGGCCAGCCCACCCUCUACAACUGCUUCAACAGAGUUGUGCAAUGGACAUGACAAAGUGGAAAAUGAGACCAGGGAUAAUGCUUCAAGACAGAAAAGUGGAGCUAGGGUAAGAAAUUGUGUCUGCUAAGUUUUAGUGUUCAGUGGAAAGAUGUUUGGGAUCAAGGCUAUUAAAGAGUAAUGUGAAUAACAUUUUAAUUAUGUAACUCAUCAAAAUCAACAUUGAUUCAUCUGGUGCAUUUUCAUUUUGUAAGAACAUUACACAGUGUAGCAGCUCACCCAGCUUGUUUAGGUGGAAAAUAAAAUCUGGCAACUUGAAUGGGAACUAGUUACUCCAUAAUACCAGUAGUCACAGUUAAAGGGUCGAUGAGAACUUUAAAAGUAAAGAAACUGCAAUCAUUUUGCAAGUCACAAAGGUUAUUGAAAAGGGUUACCGGUAAUUAUGUAAAAAAAUUGAUUUUGUGGCAUAUUUAUUGUAGCUUAAUUUUCAUCAGAGUGAAUUAUCCACUCCAGAAAGUACCAUAACGUACCAUAAUGCUCUUUGUUUGCCCCCCCCCCCCCCCCCCCCCCCCUUUUUUUUUCCCCCCCCCCCCCCCCCCUCGCCAAAUUUUGCAUAAGCAUUGUUUUCAAUUUCUAGUCUUGGGGCCAUUUUAACUCCCAAGAGAAACUGAAGACAAUGCUUAUGCAAAAAUUUGGGGUGACAAACAAAGAGCAUUAUGGUAUGUUAUGGUAUUUUCUAGAGUGGUCAAUAAUUGACAAUUAGAAUUCACUCUGAGAAAGAAAUGUACAUCAUAACAGAUCUGACAUUGGCAUGCCAAUAUUUUUACAGAAAAGAAAGUCUGAAGACACAUACAGCCCAUCAACAGGAAAAAAAUCAAAAGCAAGUCCAGUAAAGAAAGUAGCAGCUGCAAAGAAAGGAACAAGUGCUGCAGCCAAGAAGACAGCUGUAGCUAAACCACAAAGAGGAAGUCCAAGAAAAAGAAGACCAGUUAUGGUGGAUACAGCAACUUCUCCAUGACCUGGACACAGCCAUUACCAUUGUGUUAUGAUGAAACAUGUCCAAGAGAACUCAUAGCAGAGGUUCAAGAAACUGUUCUUGUUUUUUUCAAAGGAGAAACCAAAGGCCAAUAAUGCCCAGUAUUGUUUUAUUAUUGUUGUUAAAUUGGCAACAAGAGUUGACAGUACCAACAGUAAAUUAAGGGUUUUAUUUAAAUGGCCACCUAAUAGAAUUUGACCUGUUUGAAUACUUAAAGUUAGAACUGUCUUCAGCCAGACAAAACACAAUAUUAAUAGUUCCUCAGGAGAGGAAAGUAUUAGUGCAAUGAAUGGACACAUUAAUUUAAGGUUUCAUCCAACACUGCUUCAAGUUAUUUUAUUAAUGUUCCAGUUUCUACACGUGUACUACAGGUUUGUACAAAAAUAUCUUGCCUACAAAGUCACCUUCAAUAUUAUUGAAGCCUGCCUACAACUAACAAAGUACUUUUGUGGGUUCAUAUUAAGUUCC